GCAGCACCGCACAGCUGGGAACGGCGGAUCUUGCUGCAGUGCUGCAACCUCCCGUGCUGCAGCAGCAGCUGUCAGGCUUUGUUUUCACCUCCAUUCUCAACAUUUCUUUUCUGUAGAAUGCUUUUCUAUGUGUUGCCUGGGCUAUAAGCUGCAGCGCUGGCUUGUGGCUGCCCUGUUGGGUGACUUUGAGAAUCACAGGCUGUGUUUCAAGGGCUGGAAGGAGGCUGCAGGAACUCCAUGCUUAUGCCAUCAUCUGAUCUCACUGCAGUGCCUUUGAGAUAGAUGCCUGUGCCUCACGUGGCUGCGCAGAGGGUUACCUUAAAGGAAAAAAUCUGACGAAACCGCUUCAAGAACUUGUUGCUACACGUGAUAUCGUGGUGGAAUUUACCGGAAUAGAAAGGAGAAUCCUGACCUGGGAUCUGGAAAGGAGUCGAAAAAGCAUUAAUUCCUCAGGUUGAGUUGCCUCUCUUCAAAGGAAGUAUUACAAACCAGGAACACGCGUUAAGCACUCGGAAUCAGCCAAGCUCCCAUCUCAGAGGAACAGAAAAUAAACAUGGCAGAAUUUACAGGGUAUAAGGAGACCUCCAAUCGGCACCUGAGGUUCAAGUUGCAGAGUCUUAGUCGCCGCCUGGAUGAACUGGAGGAAGCAACGAAAAACCUCCAGAAAGCAGAGGAUGAACUGCUUGAGCUCCAGGACAAAGUGAUCCAGGCAGAAGGCAGCAAUUCCAGCAUGCUGGCUGACAUCGAAGCCCUGAGGAAAAGAGUGUUAAAGAUUGAAGGCAAGGAUGAGGAAAUUAAGAAGGCUGAAGAGCUUUGCAGGUUAAUGAAAGAAAAGCUCGAAGAGGAGGAGAGCCUGACUCGAGAGCUGAAGUCGGAAAUUGAGCAUCUGCAGAAGAGAAUGGCAGAGCUGGAGAAACUGGAGGAGGCCUUUGGCAGGAGCAAGAACGACUGCACACAGCUGUGUCUGAGCCUCAACGAAGAAAGGAAUUUGACCAAAAAGAUAUCUACGGAGUUAGAAAUGCUCCGAGUGAAAGUGAAAGAACUCGAAGCAUCCGAAGAAAGGAUGGAUAAAACGGAGCAGAGCUUAACGGGUGAGUUAGAGAAACUGAAGUCUUUGGCACUGAGCUUUAUCAGUGAGAGAAAACAUUUCAACGAGAGAGAAAAGCAGAAUGAGAAAAUAAUCCAGGAGCUCACACUGAAACUGGAGCAAAACAAUAAGCUGAACAGGGCCGAUCAGACCAGAAACUCAUCCAACCUGCUGGAAAGGUCAUCAAAUAAUCUCCUGGAUAGAAAUGAUUUGAGAAUUGAAGAUGAUUUGACUUCUGCAUUGCCCUCUAAAGAAACCAGGCGGAAGGGAAGCGUAGAUUACCUGAAACAUGUAGAAAACGAAAGCAGGAAUAAAGCGGAAAACCAAAAGAAUAAAAAUCAGGAAGACAACAAAGUGAAAGAUCUCACCCAAGAAAUCGAGAGGCUUAAAACUCAGAUCAAACAUUUUGAAUCCUUAGAAGAAGAGCUUAAAAAAAUGAGAGCCAAAAACAACGACCUGCAAGACAGUUAUUUGAGCGAGCAGAAUAAAAACAAACUUCUCACUGGUCAAUUAGAGGAAAUAAAGAUGCAGAUAAAGAAACAGAAAGAUCUGGAAAACGGAGAGGUCGAAAAUGAAGAUGCAGGUUUCUCUAGCAGGGGGAAACAUGACAGAGCUAAAUACAGAGUUGUUGCAGCAGAUUUCACAGCUGCCAAGCACAAACCAAGGGAGGUUUCGCCCCAGCAGCGCCGGGAAAGAGUGAGAAACAGAGAUUUCUCCUUCAGCAAUGACAGCUCUGGCCAUGGUGGUAAGCAGACAUCCAGCCCGAGCUUAAUGAGCAGGAAAGCAGGAAAGUCAUCGGGUGCAGCUGCCCUUGGAGAUGCUACUGCAACAGAUAUGAAAAGACUGGAAGAGAAAUGUUUGGUUUCCAGUUUUUCAUCCGGUCAGAAGGAAUCUUCCUUCACGCAGAAUGAGGGGAAGAGAUCCAAAGAGCAGCCCUCUGUCCUCAGCCGUUACCCCCCUGCUGCUCACGAGCAGAAAUCUUGGAAAGCACCUUCCAAACCCGUUAGUGACUUGAGAUCCAAGGCUGAAAAACCAUCUCAGGCAACUCGCGGCAGCUGCCAAACUGGUGCAGACACACGGGAUGAAAAGUCAAGUAGAGGGGAAUCGGUGGCUUCAUUAGCUGAGAAGCUGAAGGCAAAUCAGGGUGAGGUGAGCGAUGCCAUGGGGGACACACAGCAAAGCAGGGGGCACUGCGCCUCUCCCAAUGGCGUGGCCACUGCAUACAGGUGCCACAUCACAGCAGCAGAGUCGGACUCUGUUGGCUCUAAGGCAGAAGAAGCAGCAAAUGCUUUGACUGCAUCGCACCGACAGCCCUUGGAGGGAAGGGCUAAAAGAGCCAUUGCCCCCCAGGAAAAGGAAAUCACAGAUGCGUCACUUGAAAGCUUGAAAGCAUCACCGCUAACGAAGCGCUCGCAUCGCUCCAGGAGUCAGGAGGAUAUUUUGCAGAUCCUUAAGGAAGAUGCAGAGCAGAAUGCAGCAGCAGGUCACGUAAAUGCUGGUUUAAAAGCAGACUCCAAAACCAUCCAGAGUAGUCAUGAGAAACUUAAUUCGGACGAAGAAACAGGCAGGAGUAAAAAAGCAAACACUCCGUCGGAGUUUGAGCCAAGGAAGAAAACCAAUUCCAAGCAGUUCUCUAAUUCCAGGGGAGUUUACAGAGCAUCUCUCUUUGAAAAUGACAAAGGUGCUGUGCAGGAUGAGGACUCCUCUAAGUGUGUGAAACCAUCAGAUGCCGACACUGGAGGACUGAAGUCCAGAAGGUCGUUCAGCCCAAGAGAAGCUCUGAGAUCCAAAGCCAUCAUUAAACCUGCCAUUGUGGAGAAGGACAUGAAGGCCAUCAUGGGAGGAGCCGUCACCGAGACAGAGUCAGAAAAGCAGAAGUCUGUUUUUAAAGCGGUCACAAAUAAAAUGACCAGCAGUAUCACCAUCUUCCCUUCUGAGCCAACAGUUCCAAGGCCCAGCACGGACACGGCAGGAAAGGAAAGGCAUAUCACCACCAGCAACAUCAGGGUUGCUCCAAAUGAACCCACCCCGAUAACGAACAGCCUCCCCCAACCUUUUGAGGUCUCAGUGAAUAGAAAUGCCCUGAAAUUAUCUGAGGCCGACAGAACUGGAGAUGCGGUGCUGAGAAGUAGAACAGAAACAAUGGUCUCCAGGAGCAGCAUUGUGAUCAAGAGUUCUGAGCCCUCCGAGAAGAGCACUGAGCUCCUGUUGGACACAGCCAGCUCCAGGAGCCACGGCUCUUCAGAGUCCAUCUCAUCUGAAACCAAACACGUCACUCUGAGAAGCUCCUGGAGGACAAGGCAAGGCUUACAUUCCCUGGAGGACUCUCAAAUAAAAACAGAGAAAAACUCAGCUCCCAGCCCUACAAACACAUGCAGGUCUUCAGUGGAUCUCUCAGAGAUGGAAGGGAACAGCACACGAACAAACUCCAUGGAGCAGAGCUCAGCGAGGAGCGGUGCCACCCCCAACUCCUGGAACGCCCCUGAGAUGGGCUCCCGAAGGACCAAAAGUAACUUAAGUGCAUCCGAACUGCUGACACGCAGGAACUACACCAGUGAUCCCACCACGGCUUCCCCCUGGCACCGCACCACAUUACCUGAUGAAAGCAAGGAGUUUGUCUCCAGUUCCAGAAGGAAACAGUACGGCUCUUCCGAGUUCCUCUCACAGGCUGAUACAGUGGGGAGAAGGGCGGUCCCCCCCUCGGAGCUGCAGGACCCCACGUCCAGCCCCAAUACCCCACCAGGGCUCCAGGCAGAAGAUCAGGGUGGUUCUUCCCGUGUUGGUCGGCCGACGUCCCGGAGAUGAGCUGUGCUCCCUUCCACCAAACCAACACUGAGAGACAGGACUGUACUGAGCUCACGGGUGUCACGUCUGUUUGGAACCUCUCCAGAAGCUUCACGCAGCCAGAAAACAGUUUUCUGACACCGUUUGUGAGGUACAAGAGCUUUACCAGUGAAUUUCUUCCCUCGUUGCUGAAGAGGCAGCUGCGGAGACUUUGCUCAGGGGACUCCCACUUCUCACCUCUGUACCUGCAAUCCUCACCUCCUCCAUAGGACACAGCCCUGUCUCCGUAUGGAAACAUAGACUUGUGUACCAGCCAUGCUUUCAAACAGAACGAAGGUACUCCUUGGACCAGAGAGAACUCACCAGUCACCCACAUAAGAUGAGAUGUAGGUGUACCCUGUGACUGCAGCUGGAAUGGCUGCCCUAUGCAGCACUCAGCCCCUCCAGGAGCCCACGAACUCCAGUGCAAACCACACCUUCCUCUGGUCACACUCACCUGCAUUCCUGGCUGUAGGUGGGCGAAAAAAGUGCUCUCUGGUUGUUUGACACACUAACAGGGCAGGAGGGCAGAACAGCUUCAGGACCAGCUUUGUCCCUAUCGCUGUGCAUGGUCUGCUGCCAGCAGCUGAGCUCUGAUGCUCAGUGAUCACUGCACCAACCCCACAGCAGCAGAUCUGCUCCUGGUUUGGGCCCACGCUGGGAGGCUUUUUACCCACAGCUUAUGGCCAUCGUGCUGCAUGGCAACAACUCCACUGCUGGCUCUGAGCUGCUGAGAUCCAAGGGAUGCAGAAAGGAGAGCUUUUCUCCUGCUUGGAGAAGGAUGUCCUUAUUCCUUCCAAAAAGAGGGGAAGCAGCAGGACUGGACCCCAGACUGAGCUCCAAGAUGGCUGUGGGGCAGCCCCAAACUUGCUCCCCACCACUCAGGAGCCCCACCUGGGACCUGGGUACAGGUAGUAAGUACAACCACCAACCUCAGAUGGCAGCAGUGCUGGGGUCACCCCCCAGCUCCACACACCCAUAAGGUGAGGGGAACCGCAUGUCACACCACAGCAGCUCUAUGCCCCCCUCCAUCCACCCACAUGGGCUGCUCCUCCCAGCAGGGCUGGAGGGGGAAAAAAGGUUAUUUUUGGGGGCACGAAAAAAAACUUCUGGUUUCCUCCCAGCAUUUUUAGAUGUUAUCCCAAAUCUGUGGGGUUUUUUUUUUUUUAGGCAUUUCAGUUUAUUCCAUUUCAAGCUGCAGCAGGAUGCCCCAUGAGGCAAAAAGGCUUUUAAAUGAGUCCUGGGGCAGCUCUAAUCAACCUAAAUUAGGUUUAAUUAUAUCACGUGCUCCCUCCCACUGCUCUGUGGGGUGGGAGGAGAAGACUGUGCAGCUGCUGGUGUAACAAACCAGCCCCAAACCCAACAGCUGAACUGAAAGCAAUGGAAGCUCUGCUGUUCUAUGUGCUGCAUUACCUGCAAUGCUGGUCCUGAAAUGCUUAAAACAGGUGACGUUCCACCAUCUGAGAGCACCACAUUGAAGGGGAGGACGGCUCCAAGCUGCUGCUCCCCAUUGCCAGCCCCACGUUUUGCAGCACAGACCCUCGGCUCCAAGCUCUGUAUUCAGAGGUGCCACCCGACCUCAUUGUGCCACGGUUCAGUCCGAGGAGGAGGAGAACCUAAGGAUGGAGAGAGGGGCUCUGCCCCACGUCAUGGCGAGUGCAAUAGGAGCUGACUGUACGGCGAUAGCGAUGACUUCAGGAAACACGACGUGUUGUGACUCAAAAUUGCACACUUUUUCUUUUCUCUUUUCUCCUGUAAAAUAGUCUGAUGUGUAAAUAUUGCCACCACUGAAGAAAUAUUUGUAAUUUUAGCAUAUAAAUAUAACGGGCUUUUAGAGGACCCGAGGGUCCAAUUCCAAAGGUGUAAAUGUAUUUGCUGCGCCAGCAAAGGAGCCACUGCAGCAUCCCCACUGCGCUCUGAUGGAGACCCAUCCCACACAGCCAGCAGCUCUGCAGGAGAGCAGAGGGGGUGCAGCUCUGCUCCCGGUGCUGUGGAUGGAGUGAGGAUCACACAGCAUUGCAGAGCAGCCCUCAGCUCCGUCCCCUGGCACAGCAUGGGAUCCCAACCCAGGGCCACCUCUGCUGGCAGCGAAGGCAUUUCUUUGCUGCUGCAGCUGAUGGAAAGGACCCAGGUGGGGGGGACGGCGCUCGGGGCUGCAUGGAAUGUAUUUUUAAAGAGGAAAAAAAAGUAUAUAUAUAUAUAUAUAAAUAUUAUAAUAAUAAUAAUCUAUUUUUUUGUAUUUGCAGACAUAGGUUUGGGCUGGGGCGGCUUAGUUAGAGGGCAAUAAGGCAAUAAACAUUUUCAUAACCACAGAGCCAAGGGAGCAGCUCUCCCCCCUGCUCAGCUCCCCCCUCCCAGUGCUCGCAGUCUGCAUGCCAUGUUGUAACCACACUGUUCUGCAUGUCUCUCCUGACUCGAACGCUGUCAGCUCUACAGUAUAUAACCAAUAAAACUCUUCUCUUUUUA